CAGUUUAAUGGACGGAAGUAAGGUCACGUGAUUUAAAUUUCGUUAGCGAAGUCUUUAAUGGCGCCAACGUUAUGAUCCGAACGUUCUAAAAUGUGUAUCCCUAUCAUGUGUUAUUAAGCAUCAGUGUUAAAAAGAUCAUCUAAAUUGAUAAUAAUAAUCACUUAAACUGUCUUCAUACUUUUCGCUUCGAUAAUGAUGUGAUCGGGAUGUUAAUCCUGUAUCUUGUUCAAACAAAUAUGGAGGCGCCCUCUUUACAGAAGAUCCAGGAAAGCGUUGCAGAGUUUAUAUUCAUAUUAAGAUUCCUGAAGUGUCUAUAAAUACAGAUCACAAUGAAGAGACCUCCACCAAGCUCCGAUUUUGAAGGAGCUUCAUCUGGUUCAAAAAGAAGACGGCGCUUUAGUACUAGUGAUGACGAUGAUGCAUUGAGAUCACCAUCAAACCCUGGUUUUUCUGAUGCUCCUCCUCUUCACAAAAUCUAUAAUAGUUCAUGUCGUAAAGAAAGGCCAGAUGAAUUAUUUCGAAAGGAUUUAAUAAGCGCUAUGAAACUACCAGACAAUGAACAGUUAGAUGAAUCAGAAUUUUGGGAUGUUAGUGAUUCUUGGAAACAGGAGUGGGAAAGAGGAGUGCAAGUUCCUGUGAAUUCAAAAAAUGUACCUAAUCCAGAAGUCAGAAUAUUGAGAGAUAAAAAGUCUGCUGGUUUUAAAUUACCAAAAAGGCUUAUGAGGACAACUGAAGAUAGCUUCUUUUCUCCCGAGUUUCAUGUUUUGACAGAUACUGCAGCUAAAGCUGAAAGUGUGUGCAAAUAUGAUAUGGAUGAUUUGGACAGUCAGUGGCUGAGGAUAUAUAAUGAAAAACGAGAAGAUCUAGGUUUGCCUCUUAUUGAUGAAGAAACAUUGGAAUUAAUUUUAGAGGAUUUUGAAACACAGGUAUAACUAUUUUCUUUUUUA